AUUUUUCAUUAAAUAAAUAAAUACAUAAAUUAAAACUUUCGGGCUAGCCAUGCACGUGGUGGUGAAUGAUUCCCAGGGAGUCGAGGACUAUAUUUUCAGCCAACCUCACUACGUCCUUAAUGUCGACACCUAGUUCCUCGAGGAAGCUCCUUGUACUUUUUGGAAUUGUUCCGCGAGACCCAAACCAGAGGCCUCUCACAGUGAACUCUCACUCUCCGAAGGUCUCCCGGAAUUCCUCUUUUAGGAAAGGGAUACAUUUAUUGUAUCUGUUCUUCUUUUCCCUUCCACUUCACUCGCCUGAUCGAGGUCAUUGCUCUCAGAGCGGACAGUCGGAUCCAAGAUGCCUUCCUGUCUUGGGAAAUGCGACAAUAUCUGCGUAUCUCGUAGAGUCCUCCUCAUCGAUGCAAUAA